AUGGACGCUACAAAAAAGCAAUUGACCAAACCAAGUACCACAAUUAAGAAGGUAACGAACUAUGAGAAACAAAGAAUGAAGAAUAUUAAUAAAAACCGUGAGAGAAUGAAUGCUCUAGGAGUGAAGAAUAUAACAACUUGUUUGAAGGCUACGGUUCAACAUAAGAAAUUGAGGAAGGAAAAACAAAUACCAAUUGAGGAAAAUGAUGAUGAUGAUUAUCGACCGUCAGAGGCUGAAGAUGGUAGUGACACUGAAACCUAUGAUUCGUUUGAGCAUGAGCUGUUAGAGAUACCAUCGAGAGCCCGUUCACAAUCUCAUCAUGAGGCAUUGACCCACACAUUAGAAGAGGGGGAUACCUCUUCACGUCCUGAGGUGACUAGCAAUCCGCCACCACCUCUCAAUGUGGAGCCUCAACUUGAGGUGACUGCUGGUAAUACUAUUGUUGCUAAGUGUGCUCGUGGCCCGACUCAAGGCAAAGAGGUUCAAGGCCUUGUUGAUAAAGACGGAAAGCUUAGCGUGCCUAUCCCUCCAGAAUUUCGUGCACCGGUAGGGGACUAUGCCUCAAAACUAGCCUCAAAGAUUGGUGUAGAAGUGCGAACUCGUUUACCAAAUCCAAGUGUUCGUAGGUGGAAGUAUGUUGAUGCCUCCGUUAAGGAGGCGAUGUUUCAACGCUUGAAUGAUCAAUUUGAUUUACAAGGAGACCCUGUUGAUAUAGAGAAGGCAAUGAACACAAAAUUUGGUCGGAGAUUGAGUAACCAUACCUAUAGGCUGCACAAACAAUUCAUGGAGCUGAAGGAGGCUAAAGGGGAGGAGUAUGCAAGAAACCACCCACCAAAGAAUGUCGAUCCUACCAAGUGGAUAGAUCUUAUUGAUAAAAAGUGGAACACUAAAGAAUUUCUGGUAACAUUUGCAUCUUUUUUAUUAUAUUAGCGAAGAAAGAAUUUGAUUAGAAUAGGGAGAGA